AUGCUCCGGAUACAUCCCCUCGAUCAACCCGAGAUUCGCUCAAUCAUUGCCAGCAAUCUUGGCCUCAAAGACCUCGCGUCCUGUGUGUGUGUGAGUCAGGAUUGGAAGGACUCGUUUACACCACCUCUCUAUAAGUCUGUCGUGAUAUCGAGACAUGGCCCCAGCAUGGAAUCUGUCGAGAGAAACAAGCACCUUAUAAAGAGCCUGAAGUUUCAGAGUUUUAUAACUGCAACCCAAUUCUCGACAUCUGCACGGAACAAAGUACUUUCCAGCAUCCUAACCAACUCGACUCUAACCACUUUGGACUUGAGAAUCAAGUUGUUCAGAUCCGACGGAACUCAGGCGCUGGCUGAGGCACUCAAGUCCAACUCAACUCUAUCCACUUUGAAAUUGAGCAGCAACUCGAUCGGAGUAAACGGAGGUCAGGCGCUGGCUGAGGCACUCAGGACCAACUCAACUCUGACCACUUUGGACUUGAGAAGCAACUCGAUCGGAGACAACGGAGCUCAGGCGCUGGCUGUGGCACUCAAGACCAACUCGACUCUGUCCGCUUUGAAAUUGAGAAGCAACUCGAUCGGAGACAACGGAGCUCAGACGCUGGCUGAGGCACUCAUGACCAACUCGACUCUGACCACCUUGAAAUUGAGAAGCAACUCGAUCGGAGACAACGGAGCCGAGGCGCUGGCUAUGGCACUCAUGACCAACUCGACUCUGACCACUUUGGAAGUGAGCGGCAACUCGAUCGGAGACAAUGGAGCUCAGGCGCUGGCUGAGGCACUCAUGACCAACUCGACGCUGAUCACUUUGAACUUGUGGCGUAACUCGAUCAGAGACAACGGAGCUCAGGCAUUGGCUAAGGCACUCAAGACCAACUCGAUUCUGACCACUUUGGACUUGAGCUUCAAUAUGAUCGGAUCCAAUGGAGCUCAGACGCUGGCUGAGGCACUCAGGACCAACUCAACUCUGACCAAUUUGGACUUGAGAAGCAACUCGAUCGGAGACAACGGAGCCGAGGCGCUGGCUAUGGCACUCAAGACCAACUCGACUCUGACCACUUUGGAGGUGAGCGGCAACUCGAUCGGAGACAACGGAGCUCAGGCGCUGGCUGAGGCACUCAAGACCAACUCGACUCUGACCAAUUUGGACUUGAGAAGCAACUCGAUCGGAGACAACGGAGCUCAGGCGCUGGCUGAGGCACUCAAGACCAAUGCGACUCUGACCACUUUGGAAUUGAGAAGCAACUCGAUCGGACACUAA